UAAUAAUUCCCCCCCCCCCCCCCUUCUCGGUUGCUUGUUGUGUGAAAUAUGAGCUGUGCACUUUUUUUCUUUGAUAAAUCAUCAUUUGCUAGACAUGAGCUUCAAAGUAAAUAUAGAAAUGUUUGCAUAAUGUAAAGCUAGGGUGGGGGAGGAAUAUAUUGGCAUUUACCCCCUCCCCUUGUAGUUGGGGCUGUGGACUUGGGGGCGGUAGCAUAAUGUGAUUAAAAAUAUCUAGCGUGUACUAAAGGGCGGAAAUUACGAAAGGGAGCUGAGAUCAAAGCUAUUGUAUGAAGGCGAGUAACUGGGUGAAAAGGGACAGGUAGAAUUCAUCCAUUGAAGCGUAUCAAGAGCCCUGUCUGCAUGUCUUUGCACAAGGCACGUUAUGCAGCACGGCAGAUGGAUUUUCUUUUUGUGGAUUGUCAGCAUGUUAUGUGGCCUUUUACAGUGUGUAAUGAAAACCAAUUCUUUCCAUGUAAACAUCCAAACUGCAGAUUCAGAAAAGGGAGAGAAAAAUGUUAGCGUGCCAAGAAAGCCAGCCUCUCAAUUUUCCAUGCAAUGACGCAAAUCUUUAAAUAACUUUUCAUUAUUUUACAAAAAAAAAUCGAAACCUGGUUCAGUUACCAUAUAAAUACAUGAACAGAACAGUGGGGGGUGCUGGAUUGGUCUACGCUCUGUAAUUUUGGUGGUGAUGUGAGAGAAAAUCGAUGAUGAAUAGUUAGGUAUUCGAAGUUCUGGUUUAACGCGACGUGUAAAUAUAAUCUCGGGGUUUAUUUUUUACGCUGCAAUACUGUAUAAUCUCCUGUUCGUAGUGAGCGAGGGUCCGAUCUUUGCAUCAUCAAAAAGAGAAUGGAUACAACGAUUUCUCCACCUCCAUAACAACGCUGGAGCUAAUUAUGCAUUCCGAAAGGCUGGCGUGUCAAAUUACCUUUUCAUAUCUGCAACAGGUUUAGAAGCAGUUAAAACCUCAUAUAUCGCGUUUUUGGGAAGGGGUGGUUGGUAUUUAGGAUAAUAGUUUGUAACCACGCUGUUAGUGCUCAGAUCAGGUUACAAUGUUAUUGCUCAGGUAGAUAAUUAUUCAUUACAGUGUUGAAACCGAAAUUAAACAUUUUUAGUGACUUUUUUAGAGUUCUGCCCCUCCCUCCUCCUCCUAACGUACGUGCAACUGUCUCCCUCAUAUUAUUUGCCUUUUGAAACUCAUUACUUGACGCGGCUUCUAGAAAGCAGAAUCAAAAAACAUCACAGAUCCCGUGACACUUCUCAGCAAUUCUAGCUCCCCCUCCCUCUCUCUGUAUGCUAAGCAGCUGAAAACUAUUAGCUCACGAAGGGUGGAAUUAACGCCAGUGUUAGCAUUUCUGUUCGCUUUUGUUUAUCAUUGCGCGUCCGUUUUGCUCAAAGCGAGCCACAAGUCCCGUUUUCUCUGCACGAACCUGUUGGAUGGAUGAAGUUGUUGCUGUAUCGGAGAAAGUCGUUGUGAAGUUGGAUGACCUGAUGAAAUGGGCGUGCUCAGAUUUCGGCACAUGGACACGGGGCCUGGGGGCUGUGUCACUGAAACCGUCGAUGAGAAAGGAACUGGGUAUGAAUGGACAAAAAGAAGCCUUGAAUCAGUAUCGGCAUUGCACCCUGAACAGUGGCCUCAAUUUCAAGGAUGUGUUAAAAGAAAAGGCUGAUCUUGAUGCUGAUGAUGAUGGUGGUGAUGUUGAUGGCACCAAAAUCAUUGUCCUCAGUUACCCCCAGUACUGCCGCUAUCGGACUAUGCUGAAGAGAAUUCAAAACCGAUCGUCGUCUUGGCUGGUCAAUGAAUUUGUAAUGGCCCUGGGUGGCAUUGCGAUAUUAAAUGGAAGUACCCGGAUCCUCUACUGCCGUGACACAUUUGAUCAUCCGACUCUGAUUGAAAAUGAGAGCGUUUGCGAUGAGUUUGCACCAAAUCUCAAAGGGCGCCCACGGAAGAAGAAACCCCCCUCCCAGAAGCGGGACACCCAAGCUCUGAAUGGCCUGAGAGAUUCCAACGAGGAUUCGGAUGGAAAAGCCAGUGCCAAAGCAAAAUGUGAGCCCAAAGCCACGAUGGUGAAACCCAAGAAUAACAGCAGCAACUGCAAAAAUCCCCCGGCUGAUGAGAAAUCCGAGGUUGCAGCUGAUGAAGAAUGCAGAGCUGAGGAGCAAACAUUCCUCGUCACACUUUACAAAUACAUGAAGGAAAGAAAUACGCCAAUAGAACGGAUACCGUACCUCGGAUUUAAACAGAUUAACCUUUGGACCAUGUUUCAAGCAGCUCAAACUCUCGGAGGAUAUGAAGCGAUAACUGCUCGUCGACAGUGGAAGCAGAUAUAUGAUGAAUUGGGCGGCAAUCCUGGCAGUACCAGUGCAGCAACGUGUACUCGCAGGCAUUAUGAAAGGCUGAUCUUGCCAUAUGAAAGAUAUAUCAAAGGGGAGGAGGACAAGCCUUUGCCUCCAGUCAAGCCUCGGAAGCAAGAGAGCAGCCCUCCUGAGAGCGAGAGCAAGGUGAGGGCAGCUGCAACCAAACGGAAGACAGAACCAAAUCGAAAAGUGAAAAGAGAACGAGACGUUGUUCAGAAAGUGAAAGAGUGUUCUGAGGCAAUUGCAGCCACAGAGAGCAGCCAAGAGAUGGACAAAUGGAGAGCAGACGUGGCCUUGCCAAGGGAUGGAGUGGUAACACAGACUGAGACUGGAGAGAAGGACCAGGACAGGUGUGAUAUCUCCGAAGGUUCAGACAGCAGAGGGACCCAGGCCAAGGACAAAGUCAGCAAGGCAAACAGUGACCAGUCAAACAGAAAGGAGGCUGAGCUGCUAUCUUUGCACAAGGGCCUUACAGCCCAUUUGAUAGAUGUGACAGCACAGAGCCAGGCAGAAAGCAAGGCCAGCUUGGCAUCCUGUCAGGAUCACGAGUCGCCGCAACAGCCAAUGGACAGGCCGGCAAACGACGUCCAGGAGAAAGUCGCUGGAACGGUAGCCAUGACGGAGAAAGAUACGGAGAAAGGAUACCUGUCUGAUCAGGGUUCAAACGUGGUGUCGCCAGGAGCUGCCAACAGCUCCAUUCAUUCUGAUCAGUCACCAAAGGAUGAGGUUGAGAAUUGGGCGGGGGGCAUCCAAUCAGAGAGCAUACAGAGAAUGCCACCUGGGCAGGUGGGGAAGGGUAACCUGAAUCCUUUGCCUGGGCCCCUCAAAGAUAAGGAGGAGCUGCUUGUUACAACAAAAACUGAGGCUUGCCCCAGCUAUCUGCCCCUGGUCUACUCCAGGGGUCACCCUGGCAUCAUGUCACCACUCGCCAAGAAGAAGUUCUUGUCUCAGGUCAGCGGGGGUUUGCCCAAUAACAAUCCAAUUGGAGCCCCACCUCCGCUGAUUAGUACUAAAAAAUGUGGUGAGGAUGGUGAAGAAAUGGUUACAGCGGAGAGUAAUUUUUUACAAGGCUCCACGCCAGAACAGUUGGCUAUCAAUCGACCUUCUGUGAUUCAACAUGCACAUAGUUUUCAAAAGAGAAAUACUGAUGAGCGAGGGGGGACAUUGAAACAUGAUGGUUUGAAUAAAUUGUCUGAUUCUGAGGCAGCUUAUCUUUCGAAGCAUCACCUUAAUUGCUCAGAAUCAUUCAAAAGCUGCGCUUCUUACCCUUUCACCGCUGAUACUAUAGACAAUGAAAAUAAAGGUUCUGAGAAGAAAGGUUGCCAACCAUCACAAGUGUCAAGUUUUCUAGCAGACUUCUACUCCUCCCCCCACCUACACAAUCUUUACAGACACACAGAACAUCAUCUUGUUAAUGACCACACAUCAAAAUACCUGAACACGGUCAUGAAGGAUAAAGGUUCUUCGUUUGUGCAGAAUAAAAACCAGGAUGCUGUCUAUUUAAGGCAUCUUUCAACACUGCACCGGUCAGAAAAGAAAUGUGCAGUGAAACCUCCUACAGAAGAGCAGCCCACUGACUUGAGUCUUCCAAAGUUAAAGAAAACGCUACCCAAGAGCUCAUUAAACAGUGUCAUUCAUUUACCAUCGCCACUAGACAUCAAGAGCACAACAGCAAGUACACAGCCAGCCCACACUGACUGCAAUCCCAAAGCUUGCCGUGUCCCUCCAAUGCCAAUACCGACCAGCACCAACAGUGGUGAAGUUGCCCUGCCCCCCUCAACAAAGCUGGAGGAAGCGGUCAGACCGGCGAUCAGCUCCAAAGGAGGUUCACAGAUCAUUGGAAGCUCUAAACCCAUCAAGAGGAACCGAGAGGGCAUGGACAAUGGCAGCAGCCAGAGCCCAGACAAAAAACUCCGGGCUGUCUCCCCCAUGCCACUGGCAAAGGAGCUGGCCUUGAGGGAAAAGCCAUCUGACUUGGAAGGGGAGAGCAGCAAAAACCAGGGUCCCGGGAUUAUCCUAGAGGGCCACAAGUUUCCAUUGCCGACCCCGAUAUUCCCAGGCGUGUAUCCUGGAGCCUUUGUAUCUCAGGUUCAAGAUAUGUGCGAUGGCCUGGGCUCAGCAUUUCCAGUUGACUAUGCCCAUCCUUUACAAUACUUGAAGAAUCAGGCUGUGCUGUCUCCACUCAUGCAACCAUUGGCCAUCCAUUCCUUCAUGAUUCCGGCGAUGCAGAGACAGAUCCUUGCUUCAACCGGUGCCUCCCCACAACUGUAUAGACAUCUAUCCGCAGCUGCUGCCCCAGUCGCAGCGUCAUAUGGAGAUCUUUUGCACCAUAGCCUUUAUCCUUUAGCUUCUCUGAACCCACAGGUCGCCUAUUCCACAUCACCAAUAUCUUCUCUACAUCCCAGCACAAAAUUAUAAGCAUUUUAAUUCUGUGAACAUUUCAUGAAAUCAAGAUGUAGCGUAACAGCCUGAUGUUUCAUGUUACAUCGUAAGACUUUGUGAUUGCAAACUACCAGCAACUGGUUUAUGUAUUUCUUGCAUUCACUUUGAGAUGUCCUUUUCAUCUACAAAUUAAGAUUUGUGGGGUUUUUUAUUACAUUGAAUGCAAAGUAAUUUGUUCUUGUACAUAGAAUUUUUUUGGCUGCAGCCUAACACUAUCACUUGCAAUAUCAACACGUUAAAAGGCUGUAAAUAUUCACUACAAACAUUUACAUCUAAAUUAAUUUAUGCAACUGUAGUCAAGUUUUACUUCCAGCUUAUGUUGUUUUGGUGUGCGUUUCUCACAGUCUUGGUUGAUGGAUGUGUUGAAUAUUAUGUUCUUGUUCCAGAACAGGAUAGCUGUAAUAACUACAGGAAGUUCUCUGCAGCUGUAAAUGUCUGUUUGGAUUCUUUUGAAUCCUUUCCGUAGAACGCAUAUGUGGUGGUUAAUUUCUGUACUAUGUAAUAGUGCACCACUAGGCUUUUUUGUUUGUUGACUUUUUUUGGACAUAAUUACUGCUCUUGCAGUUGUUAGGAGCUUGACUUUCACCGAUUUAAAAGCAGAAUCAUUUAGAGUUUUAAAGUAAAAACUUUUAAGUUUUACUACUUAAAAGAAUAAAAUAACUAACUCAAGAAAC